CUGAUCAGAGAUCUAUCUGAUCUAUAUAAUACCCCCUAUAUACUACAUACAUACUCGUUUCGAAUACCAACAAAAAAGAAAAGAAAAGAAGGAAAAAACCACGAUCAAAAGUGUUGACUCUGUGUAAAUUGUAUAAAAUAAUGCAAUAUAAACAACAAGUAAACGUAGUCAUUUAGUUUAUUUCUGCCCCCCACUCCACUUGGGUUUCUUGUGUCAUUUGAAUUUGUUUAUGAAAAACACUCGGAAAAGAACUCAACGUAUAUAUUAUGUGAAUCGAAUCGAAGCGAACACUCUUUGCAACGAACAUUCUUUCAGCGGCGUUUUGGUUAACUUUAUUUAUUUAUUUUUUUCAACACCACCUCGAGCAAACCGUCGAAUGUAGUGAAAGUGCUUUCAAAGGACAAUGCAUAUAAUAAUCUCUAAUACCUAAAUAUGAACUAAGUUGAAAGGCCACUGAUGCCAGAAGUUAUCAAGUGAUUACAAAGUGUUGUGCAACAGAACUAUCUAAAAUAUAAAAUAUGAGUUGAAUAAUCAUUAAUAAUAUAUGAGAAUCGUAACCAAUUAUAACCAGUAAGCUGAGCAAAGCUUUAAUAUUGAAAGUAAUCGUACUUAAUUAAAAAAUUAUAAAAUGAAUCAUGAGAUGAUAAGGUUUACGACGUAAAGUUUAAGAUUUUAUAUAAUCUUAAAGAGAAAACCGGGCUGAUAAUAACAUCAAAUGAAUAUAGAUCAUAUCAAGUAAUAAUAGUAAAGAAUCCUAAUCGGAGAUUUUCCUCGUUUUUCGUCGUUUUUGCGGUGUACAGUUUUCGUUUUGCGACCACUUUUCGUUUGCCUACGUGCCCGCAGAAGAAGAAGAAGAAGCAGAGAAGUGGAGAGGAGAAGAAGAGAGCCAACGUGUCUGCGUCCCCUGCCCCACCCCCCUGGACCAAUCUUUUACUCUCUUCACGCCCCCUCGCUCUUUUCGUCGCGCCUAAAUAUAAAUAAUAAUAUUAAAUAAUCAAUUGAAUAUGUGACAGUGCAUAACCAAAGAGAAAAUAAAGUUGAAAUUGUUUUUCUGUUGAAAUUGUGUUGAAGAAGUGAGCGUCAAAUGAAAAAAAAAACAAUUGCCUCGUGUGUUCAAUCAAAUACAAAUGUUUAAAUAAAUGGCGCCAAAAUACGGCGAACAUGUGUGUGUGAGUGUGUAUAUUCACAAUUGUUAGGCUUACUUAAUUGAUUUUUAAACGCUUAAUUGGCCGCCAAUCAAUCAAUUAACAUGCAAUGUGGGACACACGCACAUGCACACAUUUGUUUGCUCCGAUCAAAAAAAAAAAUAUAUAUAUAUAUAUAUAAAUAUAAAAUAAUUGCUCGGCUAAGUAAAUACAAAUACGAAGUUAUUUAUGUACGUGUUUGCACAACAAAUACAACAAAAAAUGCAAAGUCAAUAAACUUUUUGUAUGACAAAAGAGUGUUCGAAAAUGCCGCAAAAAAGAGAAGGGGAAAAGCUUUUGAAAUGCAUACAUACAUACAUGCAUAGGCAUACGAAAAAGCUUCCGAAAGCCCAUUGUGUGUGCGUCGAGUUUUUUGCAAGUGUUUUUCAAAAAUAUUUUCAGUUUUGCCACAAAAAAUAUGUAUACCAAUCAGUCGUCGUUGUUUUCCACAGUGUAUGCAAGUUCGAAAAUGCCGCGAAGAUUCAAAUUCAAUCGCCAAUCAAGUUCGAUGCAAAUGCAAAUGCAUAAGCAAAAGCAAAAGCAAGAAAUCAAAAUGCAAAUAAUGGCAGGUGUUCAAGUUAUUCAAGUGCCAAUGAUAAUGCCAGAGAUAACGAAGCAAUCGAAAUCGAAAUCCAAACCGCAAGCGAAUUCGAUACCGACAUCGAUAUCGUGUCCAAGUUCAAGUGGUUCAAGUUGUGACCCUCGCAUCGAAUCAAAAUCUAAAUCAAUAUCAUUAUCAGCCAGAGAUUGACGACGGGAUGCGGCCUUUUCCACCGACCAUGUCACGAACUUACACGAAUGAUUGCAACGCAUUGAUGAGAUCGAGAAUCUCAAGCUGGAACAGGUCCGCAUGGCUCAGCAAUGCGCGGACGCCCAGCGACGCGAGAAGAUCCUCAUGCGACGGCUGGCCAACAAGGAGCAGGAAUUCCAGGACUAUGUGAGCCAAAUUGCCGAGUACAAGGCCCAACAGGCGCCGACUGCCCUGGCAUUGCGCACUGCUCUACUCGAUCCUGCGGUCAAUCUCCUGUUCGAACGGCUAAAGAAGGAACUUAAGGCCACCAAGGCCAAGCUGGAGGAGACCCAGAACGAGCUGUCCGCCUGGAAGUUCACGCCGGACUCUAAUACCGGCAAACGCCUAAUGGCCAAGUGCCGACUGCUCUAUCAGGAGAACGAGGAGCUGGGCAAGAUGACCUCCAACGGCAGACUGGCCAAGCUGGAGACCGAACUGGCCAUGCAGAAGAGCUUCAGCGAAGAGGUCAAGAAAUCGCAGUCAGAGUUGGACGACUUUCUGCAGGAGCUGGACGAGGAUGUGGAGGGCAUGCAGAGCACCAUUCUGUUUUUGCAGCAAGAACUAAAGACCACACGCGAUCGCAUACAAGCGCUUGAGAAGGAGAACGCCCAGUUAAAACAGGCCAUCAAGGAUGAGGUUGUGGCUCCUGCGGCUGCCACCAACGGCGGCACCAACAAGACGAUAAACAAGCUAGAGACCAUUCACGAGGACGCUUGCAUGGCGAAUAACCCAACGAAUCCGGAUUGUUACAAUGGCAAUACCAACAACGAACAGAUCGCGGCCGUGCCACAGAUACCACCAUCGGAUGAUGGCAGCAAUAUGAACGGAAAUGCAGCGCGAUUAGCCCGCAAGCGAAACUACCAAGAGGAGGAGACCCCUCCAACGGUAGUGGUGGUGCCGACUCCCACUCCAGUAGGAAAUAACGUCCAGGAAGCACCUCCCAUCAGGGAAGUUACCGCCCCACGUACUCUGCCGCCCAAAAAGUCCAAGCUGCGAGGCAUUACCACGCGUCGCAACUCCCAGCUGGAGGAGGAUCAUCAGCCCGUUACAACGCCAGUGGCCGUCCCCAUGAUCGUGGACAACGCUGUGGCCGGAAUGGCGAGCGAAGAGGCUGCUGCCGCCGCUGCGGCGGUUAAUAACAGCAAUACGGGAAUACUCCCGGAAACGGGAGUGCCAGUGGGUGUCCCAGUUGAGGGCGGCGAUCCAGCUGCUCCGGCGGCACCGGGCCGCAUCCUGACCCGUCGUCGGUCCGUCCGCAUGCAGCAGAACGGCAGCGGAGCCGUCGACUACUCCACCUAAGCGCCGGCGAACCUUUUUCCAAAAAAGGGUGCACUCCAUAUGAGUUCGUCAAAUUGAUCGUUAAUUCCUGACGUUUACUUUUGUGAAUUGAGAUUUCAAAACAGAGACUUCAUUUUAUAUUUCUAACCUAUCUUUUAGAUUCUUUAAUUUUUUUACACAUUGUCUUGUAAAAUACGUUUAUUAAUUCGUUUGCAUGCGGCGUAGACAUACAUAAUUCGCGAAUUAUUUGGAAGUCACUGCUUUACAUACGAAAUGCAUUAUGUAGAACUGUCUACCACUUCAGCACAUAUAUUUACAAUAAUACGAUCGAGCUAAAUGAUAAUGCUAAAAACUGAUACACUAUUUAUGUUAAACCACGGCAUCUACUGAAAAGCUGAAAAGAAAGUUUGGUCAAAAAAAAACUUGUCAUUUAGCAAAAUUAGGUUUUAAUUAUCAACUUAAGGCAUUUUUGUAAUACUAUGAAAGUUGUGUAAAAUACUAUAAACUUGUGUUAAA